UGUGUCUGCCACCAUAACUGUAUUAACAAAUCUUCAAAAUCUUACACACAUUGUCUCUCUUUGAAUAUUAUUUUAUUCUUGAAUUAUUUUAAUUCGAAUUGCCGAAUCCUAAAUCCUUCAAAUCGAUUCAAUUCUACUUCCUUCACAAGAACCCAGAAAAAAAAAUCUUGGAAACGGAGAAAAAAACAUGACAAGAACAUCAACAAGACAAAACCAUGUUUCCCUGAUUCUGUGUCUGUUACUUGUUUCACAAGUUUCGAUGGCUUCAAGGAGCAAGAAAGGCAAUAGUAGCUCCGCAAGUGUGGGAGUGAACUGGGGAACAAUGGCGACUCACCAGCUUCCACCGGAGAAUGUGGUGAAGAUGUUGAAGAACAAUGGAUUCAACAAGCUGAAACUGUUCGAAGUGGACAAGGACAUCUUGAAUGCUCUGGUCGGAACCGACAUCGAAGUGAUGAUCGGAAUACCGAACAGGAUGUUGCAGGAGAUCGGUCAAGAUCUCGCCAUUGCUGCUUCCUGGGUCGAAGAGAACGUCACUGCUUAUACCUUCAAUGGCGGAGUUAAUAUCAAGUACAUUGCAGUAGGAAACGAGCCAUUUCUUAGGACGUACAACGGAACUUACGUGGAGCUCACGUUACCAGCUCUCACAAACAUCCAACAAGCCCUUGACGAAGCCAGCCUGAGUGACCGCGUCAAAGUCACUACACCUUUCAAUGCAGACAUCUAUUAUUCUCCAGACACGAACCCGGUCCCUUCUGCCGGAGAUUUCAGACCGGAACUCAGAGACAAAACCAUCGAAAUCAUAAAUUUCCUGUAUUCUCACGGCUCGCCCUUUACCGUCAACAUUUACCCUUUUCUCAGCCUCUAUGGAAAUGAAUUCUUCCCCUUGGAGUUUGCUUUCUUCGACGGAACAAACAAGCCCUUGAGAGAUGGAGAUUUGGUCUACACAAAUGUGUUUGAUGCCAAUCUCGACACUCUGAUAUGGGCUCUUGGAAGGUACGGGUUUUCGGGCAUGGAGAUCAUCGUCGGAGAGGUUGGAUGGCCGACUGAUGGGGACAAGAAUGCAAAUUCAGACACUGCAAAGAGAUUCAACCAGGGAAUGGUGAAGCAUGCUCUGUCAGGAAAUGGAACUCCAGUUAGAAAAGGGGUUAUGGAGAUAUACCUGUUCAGUCUCGUAGAUGAGGAUGCCAAGAGUAUCGCUCCUGGAACGUUCGAGAGGCACUGGGGGAUCUUCGAGUUUGACGGGAAGCCAAAAUAUGAGCUUGACUUGUCGGGAAAACGUAAGGACAAGCCUCUGGUUCCGGUUGAGGAUGUGAAGUAUCUGCCCAGAAGAUGGUGCAUUUUGGAUCCUCGUGUCCAUAACCUCGACGACUUAGCUGAAAACAUCGAUUAUGCCUGCAGCUUAUCGGACUGUACUGCUCUCGAGUACGGAUCCUCCUGCAACCAUCUCACCGUUCAAGGGAAUGCUUCAUAUGCAUUUAACAUGUAUUAUCAAAUGUAUGAUCAGAAAACCUGGGACUGCGAUUUCUCGGGUUUGGGUUUGAUCACAGAUGAAGAUCCAUCAGAUGAAAGUUGCGAGUUCCCGUUGAUGAUUGACACUGGGUUUUCGGGAAGAAUGCAAGCAGGAGCUUCGAGCUCGUUGAUGACAGCAUGCAUGGUUUUGAACAUUUUCCUUCUUCUCUUCUGGUAGUAUAUGACUGUUUCCUCUGCAAAUCUU